CUCAACAACAAACCCCACCACCAUCACCAUUACCGCCACCGCCAGACACGUUCUUCUUGGAUUCAGAUUCACUCUGCUCUCUCUCUCUCUCUCUCUCUCUCUCUCUCUGUCUACGUCUUCCUUCCAUCCCUAUCUAUCUGAAACCCUCUCGAUUCCUUUCUCAACCACGGAUGGCAUCCUCAAAGCGCAGCCGCAGAUUCUUCAAGUUCAGAUCCACCUCUAGUCUCACCAUCGCCAUUUAAGCAGCCGUUUAAUUGAUCCCGUAUCUCUUCAGGUUAUUCUUUCCUCCUCUUGUUUUUAAGUUUCCAAUACUGUCCUUGACAGAUAGCUGGAGAUUUUUUCUUAAUUUUCCGCCCUCGAGAAAAUUCAAUUUUCCCGGGGAAGUCCACUUUCCCAAGAAAAUAACAUUUCUACACUUGUACUAGUGUGUAGCCGGCCAGGUUUGUACCGGGGGACCAACGUCUCCCUCGCUCUCAUUCCGCUGUCAGAUCCAACUUUGCUAUUCUACUACUACUACUACUACUACUUGCCUUGAAAAUCAAAUGUUUCCCAACAAGUACGACUACUCACGCGCUGUGGUGGAGAUGGCCUGGAUCAUGCUGCGAAUUGACUACUCUAGGCUCUUUUGGCUCCUCUUCGGUGUCUUCUCUUACGAAAAUCACGAGGGAAAGCCUCGGAUUUAGAUUUUACUUUCUUUCCGUUCUCUUCAAUCUAUUUCUGCGCAAACCUAUAUAAAAGUUCGACAAGAGUCUGUUUUGAACACAGCCGAUCGAAGAUCUUCUCGUCUCAGCGUGGUCCGUAUAGUAUAUAUAUAUAUAUAUAUAUAAUAUUGAAACAUGCAAAGGGGGAGGUUCCAAGAGCGCGCUGGUGAAGGCAAGACCGAUGAUGGCUACGCCGAAACCGACCCGUCCGGACGCUAUGGUCGCUUUGAAGAAGUUCUUGGAAAAGGGGCUAUGAAAACAGUGUACAAGGCUAUUGAUGAGGUCCUUGGAAUGGAAGUGGCAUGGAACCAGGUAAAACUCAAUGACUUGCUUCACUCACCGGAUGACUUACAGCGGCUGUACUCAGAGGUUCACAUCCUCAGCACCCUCAAUCAUGAUUCAAUAAUCCGAUUCUACACCUCUUGGAUUGAUACUGACCGAAGAACCUUCAAUUUCAUCACCGAAAUGUUUUCUUCAGGCACUCUCCGAGGAUAUAGGAAGAAAUAUAAGCGGAUUCGCAUCCGUGCCAUCAAAAAUUGGGCGCUUCAAGUAUUAAAUGGCCUUGUUUAUCUGCAUAGCCAUGAUCCUCCAGUGAUCCAUAGAGACCUUAAGUGUGACAACAUCUUUGUCAAUGGACAUCUUGGACAAGUGAAGAUUGGUGAUCUAGGUUUGGCAGCCAUUCUGCGAGGGUCACACAUUGCACACAGUGUCAUAGGCACACCAGAGUUCAUGGCGCCAGAACUAUACGAGGAAAACUACAAUGAACUUGUUGAUGUCUACUCAUUUGGUAUGUGCAUUUUAGAGAUGCUCACCCUGGAAUACCCAUAUAGUGAAUGUGCCAAUCCAGCACAAAUAUAUAAGAAAGUGAUCUCGGGAAAGCUGCCAAGAGCAUUUUACAAAGUUGAAGACUUGGAAGCACAGCAGUUUGUAGGAAAAUGCUUAGAAACUGCCUCAAAGAGAUUGUCGGCUAAAGACCUAUUGCUCGAUCCAUUUCUUGCAUUUGAUGAAGAUGACUUGAUGCCUUUGACAAAUGCUGGAUGCCAGAAACCAUUUUUGAAUGCUAACACAGGGAUUACAGAACUGUGGCUGACUGAAACUGAAAAUCCACCAGAAACCAACAUGACAAUCACAGGGAAGCUAAAUCCUGAAGAUGACACCAUAUUCCUAAAGGUGCAGAUUGCUGAUGAAGAAGGUUCUGUAAGGAAUGUAUUUUUUCCUUUUGACGUUUCGAAUGACACACCAUUGGAUGUUGCGCGUGAGAUGGUGAAGGAGUUGGAGAUCACUGAUUGGCAAUCCUCUGAAAUUGCUGAUAUGAUUGAUGGGGAAAUAUCUGCUCUAAUGCCUGAUUGGAAGCAGCAGGACCGGCCUCAUCCAUUCUCAUCUUCUUCAUCGUCCCAGGUGUCAUUCUUAGGGUUGAUUAACUCUCAUAAGACGGAUGAAAGGUCACAUGGUUGUGAUUGGCUCCAAGAAGACUUGUUUGAUGAUUCCAGCUCUCAGAGUUCUUUACACUCUGGAAAAUAUUCCUAUAAUUGUUUUUCUGGUGAGGAGCAUGAUUAUCCCAUGAGCCCUAGAAGACGAGAUUAUCAAUACCCAGCUGUGAACGGGUAUGUGUCUACAAGGUUAUGUCCCGAAGAAACUUCUAGCAUGAGGCAGCCUUUGGGUAGAAACUGCCUCAAGCCAUGCAAAGUUUUGCUUAAUUCAGAAGCAGCUUCUGCUUCUAAAGAUAAGUGGGCGACGGACGGCUGCCAAUUAACAAGUAACCGAUCUCUAGUCGAUCUGCGUAGCCAGUUACUGCACCGAUCAUUAGUGGAAGAGGUGAACAAGAGAAGAAUGUUCAAGACUGUCGAUGCUGUGGAAAAUAUUGGGUUUCAGACGCCUGUUGGGCUUUCUAAAAAGGAGAGACGGGCAGUGGAUGCAGCCCGUUCCCUGAGAACUAGGAGUUAUGGUAAGAGGUAAGGACAAAAGGAAGAAGGGUCUGCGUUUUCAGCUUUCUCGAACCUAAAACUUGCAUGGACCAACAUGGUUAUGCAUACAUAGCAUGUGAUUGUAAAUAUUUGUCCAAAGCCCACAAGUAUCUUCAGUCAGCAGCCACAAGGCAGGCCAGAGGGGAUGAAGCUGAAGGCCUUUAGUGAGUGAAGCUUAUGAUCCUGAAUAAAGUGUUAGCCAGUUAGUAGUGUGCACUUUUUCCUUCAUCCUUAUGUAUAUUUCAAGACAUUCAAGUAAAUCAAGCUGCUGAGACUACGUGGGAAAAACUGUGGUUACAUCCUAGUAACCCCUCUGUUUGGCUAGCUUUGCCCAGUGAGUUUCUAUGCGUUGUUUGUGGGUUGCCCAGUGAGUUUUUAUGCGUUGUUUGUGGGUUU